AUGGUCAGGAUCAGGUUUAUCCACACCAUCGACGCUCCUGAGCCAAAACGUCAUGUCAAAGGAAGCAGCACCAUCAGGGACGCCGUCCAUCACCGACUCUUGUCCCGGCAGAAAGAAUAUUCCGGUAUGUGGGUGCGGGACCCACUCCUCUUCGCCACCACAGUUGAUGAUCUCUACUCUAUGAUCGGAGUAGUCUACGACGACCGUCGUCGGAUUUGGUUUUGCAGCUUAUCCCUGAACGUCCUCGCACUUGCCUCCAACUCCUAA